UAAAACAAAAAUACGUCAGGUCCGUAAAUAAAGAGAGACGAAUUACAUCCAAUGUUUACAUUUUAACAACAAUGUAAUGCUUUAAUAUCCAAAUAUUUCUACAACUUAUUUCAAGAAAAUGCCUUGGACAUUUCCUUGGACAGAAUUUCUGAAGAAAAGGGCUUGUAGGUAUCUUUUACAACACUACCUGGGACAGUUUUUGAAAGAGAAAUUAUCCCUUGACCAGCUGAGUGUUGACUUGUACAAUGGACGAGGCUCUAUCAAAGAUCUAGAACUUGAUGUAGAGGCUUUGAAUGAUGCUUUGGAUAGCAGCAGUGUACCUCUGGAGAUAAUUGAUGGCUUCAUCAAUCAGAUAUGUGUGUCUGUUCCCUGGACCAACCUCAUACAGAGUAGUACAGAGCUGGAGAUUCAAGGACUGGAGCUUACUGUACAGCCAAGACAGAGGAGUCAAAAUGUUGGUGGAUUGGAGACCAUGUUCAAUAGUAUGUGCAGUAUGACCAGCAGUUUACAGAUUGCGGAGGACUGUUUGAAGUCCACCUCUGAUGGAGACCAGGGACAGGACCUAGGGACACCCUUUGAGGGGGUACAGAAAUUUGCCCAGACCAUUGACUCUGUGUUAUGCAGAGUGAAAGUGACUCUAGUGGACACAGUCAUAAGAGUAGAACAUCUACCAAACACAGCCGAAAAAGGUGUAGCAUUGGAAAUCAAAAUCAAAAGAGUUGAAUAUUUUGAUGACCUUGCUAAAGAGGAGGGUAGUCCAGUAGAUGACGCCUCCAGAACAACAUGGGAGCCAGCAGCAGUGGCCCACAAAAACAUCCUGAUUGAUGGCAUUCAGAUUCUGUGUGAUGAGUUCAGUCGUCCUACCCAACAGAAUUAUGACAGAAUGGACUCCACUGGUUCAUCUCCUCAGACUUUCAUGUCCACCACUAGUUCCCCACCCUGUUCCCAUGACAACCAGCAGGGUACAUCACCAGUGACUGAAGUGUUCUCCGAUCCUGUACAGAUUGCUGGUUUUACUGGAAGAUCCAGUCUAAAGGUGAAAAUCAAACAGGAAGAGGGAGUUCAGGGGCCAAAGGUUGAGAUAGAGUUAGAUGUUGGAGGAGUCCACCUGCUGAUGAGUCCUGCUCAGUUCCACUCAGUACUUGAUCUGGUGGAUGGGUUUCUGUCUCCAAAUUCUAAUGAGGGAGGCAGGAGGCGGGCCAGAAGUAAGAGUAAACCAAUGAGUGACGAGGAUUACAGGAAGGUGGAGACAGAGCUCCAGCGGCAGCUCCACUCGGACAGAAUCCACUUCCACCAGACAGACACAAUGAUGGCCACAGAUCUCCAAGAUAUCAUGACUCACUCUAUAGGAGAAGAACAGUACUUUUCCCUAGCCCCAGACCAGAUGAGAGACAUGGAGUCUUCUAUAAACAGUAACUUCAGCACGGCCUCUGGGAGAUCAGGAAGCACUGUCACAACCACGAAAUCUGGAUCAAAAAGAGAUGCUAGAACUGGAAGAGAUUCAAUGCAGCGCUUGUUUGAUGAUCCUACUGCAGAACUUUGCCGGUAUCACUUGAGAGCAGCCUUCUUCUCUCUGGCUUUACUGCAUGAAAAUCCCUCCCAGAAAGUGGACCUGUCUACCAGUGCCAAAGCAGACAACAAGAAUCAAAUGAAGGCAAUUGCUGCACAGUAUUUCCAGAAAAUGCAAGCAUUUAGUGCUGCCAGCGGUAAAGAAGUGAAGGAGCUACGAGCUGCCUUUUCUGGGGCCUUGCCGCAUGACCAUCUAAGAUUAAUAGGUAAACCACUGAACAUAGAGAUCGUGGAGAGAACGGCCCCUACCCACCAUUGUGUGACAAUGGAUAUCACCGCUGGAUUCCUGGAUCUAGUGGAAUAUCUGUCCAACAGGAAUCUGGAGAAUGUUCAGCCAGACUCUACAGAGCUUCUGGUUUUCCCUCGUGAUGUCUCAUCAAGGCCCGGCCAGUUAUACAGUAGUAUGCACUCAGGUGCACCUGCACUUAAAGCUCAUAUCCGAUCAGUGCAACAAAACUCGAGGUCUCAAAGGACAGGUAGUGGACCCAGAACAGAGAUCUCUGUCAGCCUGGCCAAACUUGAAUGUGAGCUUGACGUGACAAUUAUAGACAGAAUAAACACUCUGAUUAAACACUCCCCUCACCGGCCCUACAGCAACAACAGUACAGCCCCACCAGGGGGUCCUGCAUACAGUUUCUCCCAAACUUUGGAGGAUGAGUGUACUACAGAUGAGACAAAAAUAGAUCUAAGUAUUACCUGUCCAGAGGCCAAACUCACAAUCAGGUUCCCCAUCCCUGACUUGAGGAACGGGUCAGAGGUCACUAAGUUGCCAUGGUGGCAGAAGAAUCUGAGGGAUGAGUUACUGAUCCUGGAUUUAGAAGAGGCUCGAUUUCAGAUGUCAUGCCUCUCCAAUCAGCCUAUACAACAGAUAGAGAUCUCCAGCAAAACUGUUCUAGGGUCUUUCCGGAUAGAUCCAAACCAGAGUGCUAUUCCCUUUGCCUUUGUUAGCUGUGAAGGAAAUGAUGGACAAGAGGGGUUUAACUUUCCCCAAAUAAUAAUAAAGUUCACAGAGCAGACCAUCUCAGUACUGGAUGAAGAACCUCCUGACUCUGACAACAGUAUUCCAUUGGACUCGCUAAAUGGUGCUUGUGAAUUUGGUAAACAGGACACCUCCCCCUUUUCCACAAAGAAACACAUGUAUGGGAAGGGUGAGAUGUCAGAUCAGGCCACACAGCAUGUCAGUGAUGAGAUGGUGAUGCCUGGCAGUAGAGAUGACAUGGCUGACUUCCAGGAGAGAGCCUCCUCCAGUUGUCUUACCCUGGUCCAGCUGAUUUUACCCCUCGUCAAUCUGUACAUUCCAGACCAGAAGUUCUUUGAAGUUUUGUAUAAUAGGUUAAACAAUGACUUGUUACUAUGGGAACCAAUGGCCCCAUCACCAAUCCACACACAGGAUCAGGGUCAUGGGUCUAUACAACCUUUUGACCUUAGCUGUUACACCCAGGUGCUUCAGGAGAACUUCUCAUUGGCAAAGUCAGCCAUACAAUAUGACUCUUCAGAAGAGGAGGAGGAUAGUAGCUUUGGUUACUAUAGUAUCCAUGACAGCAGACAUCCUCGCCGGACAGCGAACCAGAAAUCCCGUCCCAGUAAACUGUGUCUGUCACUUAAAAUAGACAAAGGGAAAAUAACCGCACUUACUGAUUCUAAGGUGGAGGAGUCUCAUGGUGAAGUCAUGGGUAUCGUUAAGGAUGCCAAUCUGUUUGUUGCAUCCAGUUACCAAGGAAAUCCACUUCUUCAAUAUGUUUGUUUUUACUGUAACAAGGCUACACUGUAUCAUAAUGCUGCUGUACCAGAUAAAAAGGAAGAAUUUGAAGUAAGAAACUUAGACUUUGAGACGAUCCCUGCCCACCUGGAGAACUGUUGUAUUAUAUACAGAUCUGAGCCUGGUAUACAGUGUCACCAGACCGGGGAUAUCGAGUCAGAGGUCAGGGACAUGGUGUCAGUAGCCAUCAAAAUAAAACUGGACUCCACGCCACUCAGUGACCUGACCAGGGACGAGAAAAUCAAGGAAUUCACAGUAGCUGUUGGGGUAACAGGAGCCACACUGAGACACAAGAUGGCUGAUACAGGCAUGAGCUGGAUCUCACAGAUGAUGGAUUUCCUAGAUGUGAAGGACUAUGAUAUCCUGGGUUACGUUACUCCCAAAGUUUUGACAGAGCUGCAUGUUCAUCUCUGGGAUUGUGGUGUAGACUACAGACCACUACAUAUACCCACCAGAGGAGUUGUGACAGCUAACUACUUCAGUAUAUCCAGUAAUAUAGUGGCCAACUCACAAACCUCACUUCUUAGAUUUGUGUUGGAGGAUGCUGGAAUGUAUUUGUCUCAGAAGAAAUGUAGAGAAGCUGCUAUUAAUCUUAAGAAAGAUUAUGUGUGUGUGCUGGAUGUGGAGAGUUUUGAGCUGGAGUUGAGGAGCAGUGACGGUAAAGACAAGAAGUUUCCCAAGACAGACCUCCGACUGCGGACAAACAGGAUCAACCUGAGGACCUGCUCCGAUUCCUGUAAAGCCUUGUUUGAACUGAUCCGAUACUUCGCCAAUGAUGGAGACCUGAAGGAGCAUGAGGAGACGGACAUAAAGCAACAGAGUCUGGAUCUGGAGAUGAUGUCACAAGAAGAGUCUAUUGAGGAAGAGUCCAAGAAAAAGGAUCUGAGUGAAUCAAGACUGGAGAAUCUUUCUAGUCAUCUGGAGGACGCCAUGCAGGAAUCUGGAUCGGGAUCAGAUAAUGAUGGAUCUGAAAACUCUAAACAAAGUCCAAACAAAACGCAGGUGUUCUUUGUCCCCCCUGGAGAUCUGACGGAUACAGAGGUCCCCCCGGCGGGGAUGAUGCGACCGAUUGUGAUAACGGCCCACGCUGAGUCGGUGACCAGUAGCGCGGUGUCAGAGAGGACUGAUAUCUUCAGCGAUGAGGAGGAGGAUUUCUGUAUCAUUGAUGACCCUGGGCUAGGCAUCGCUCCAAGGGAUGGAAGACCAGAAGUGAAGAUCUUUACAGAUGAACCUAUAGAAAUAAAGGAUAAUUAUUUCAGUCAGCCACAUGGUAAAACAGAUUUAUUGAAGGCCCCCGACAACUAUCCCAGCGCUGAGUACAGGUACACUCUGAAGGAACUGACCAUUGUGUGGUAUAUGUUUGGUGGAAGUGACUUCUGUGAUAAACCUGCACCACGUAAACCAGUGGAAAAAGAGGUUGUGAUGUCACGCAAAAUGGUGGAUUAUGG